AAAGAGAUGAUAGAACUACAUGCAGAGCAGACAAGGCCGUUGAUGAAAAUGCUAAAGGAAUACACGAAAGGGUUGAAAGACGUCGAAGUUGCUGCAGUUCAAGCAGAUUUAGAGAAGGAAGAUACCUGGAGCUUGGAAAAUGUGGCGCAGGUGGAACACCGUGAGAGGAACUACAUGGGCAUGCUUAAAUACAAGAAAGAGGAUGAACCUGAACUGUUGAGACGUCUAAUACUAAAGUUGAAUCCAAAUGUGGCUUCAAGCCUGGUACCAGGGUUACCAGCCUUCGUUCUGUUCAUGUGCGUUCGUCACACUGACUAUAUCGACGAUGACGAGAAAGUUAUAUCAUUCCUGACUAAUACCAUAGACAAAAUUGAACAAGUUGUCAGAGAACAUCAUGAUGACCUUGACCGUGUCACCUUGUGGCUCGCCAACACCUGUCGUUUACUGCACACAUUAAAACAGUACAGCGGAGAAAAACAGUUUAAAAAAGAAAACACGCCAAGGCAAAACGAACAUUGUUUGCGCAACUUUGACCUCUCUGAAUAUCGGCAAGUGUUCAGCGACCUAGCAGUGUGGAUUUACCAGACAUUAAUUAAGCUGAUGGAAAACACAAUACAACCGUAUAUUGUGGCAGCAGUAUUAAACCAUGAGGCUUUUGUGGGUUUGAAGGAAAGCAAACCAGGUGGGCUCCGAGGUCACAGUUCAAGUCGUGAUGAUGAGACGCCCGAACGUUCCCUCGGUAGUCUUAUGAAGGCUAUGACCCAAUUUUUACUAGUUCUUACUCAGCAUGCAGUUGACCCGGAGCUUGUUUAUCAGAUAUACCGCCAAGUAUACUAUUUCCUCGGUGCGAGUGCACUUAACAAUCUGCUGAUAAGGAAGGAGCUGUGUAAUUGGUCCAAAGGCACGCAGAUACAGUGCAAUCUGUACCACAUGGAACAAUGGUUACGAGACAACAAACUCCAGGAUUCAGGUGCGGGAUCCAGCCUGGAACCCAUCGUCCAAGCCUCCCAGCUUCUUCAGGCGCGAAAAACCGACGCUGACGUGGACAGUGUGUGUGACAUGUGCUCCAAACUCACUGUUCCCCAGAUUGUCCAAAUCCUGAACCUCUACACGCCGGUGGACGAGUUUGAGGAGCGUGUUCCAAUAUUGUUCAAACGCAAAAUUCAGCAGAAAUUGAAAGAACGUGAAAACACUGACACUACCUUUCUGAUGGACCUGAAGUUCACGUUUCCUGUUACAUUCGCCUUCAUUCCUUCCAAAAUCAUCCUUGAAACUAUAGAAGUCCCUGAACAACUGCAUAUAAACAAGCUUGUUUCAAGAUGUUAG